AUGUCCCGUGAAAGAGUUCCUUUGAUGGAUCUGAAACGAGCUUAUGAUGUUGAAGAAGCGGUUUCUUUACCAAACACAAACCAAGAUGAUGAUGAUGAUCUUUGGCCUUUAUGUGAGAUUGAUACGAAAAAGGGGAUAUUCCCGUGCUGUAUCGUCUGGACUCCUCUCCCUGUUGUCUCUUGGUUGGCUCCUUUCAUUGGUCAUGUUGGUCUUUGCAGAGAGGAUGGAGUCAUUCUGGACUUUUCUGGUUCUAACUUUAUCAAUGUCGACGAUUUCGCAUUUGGUCCUCCUGCUCGGUAUCUCCAACUCGAUAGAACUCAGUUCUUUAUCAAAGAUAAGACCUUUUUGAUCAAAGAUGAGACCCUUUUGAUCAAAGAUGAGAGACAUUUCUUCUUAUCUUUAACGAUGUUCACUGGAACGAAUGUGUGUGUUUUGUUGCAGUGUUGCUUGCCACCAAACUUGGGUGGGCACACGUGCAAGUAUGGAUUCAAGCACACCGAGUUUGGAGCUGCGGUUACAUGGGAUGAUGCGCUGAGCACGAGCGCACGUAGCUGUGAGCAUAGAACCUACAACCUCUUCACCUGCAACUGCUAUUCGUUUGUUGCAAACUGUAUGAACCGUCUUUGCUAUGGUGGCUCAAUGGAGUGGAAAAUGGUGAACGUUGCUGCUCUAAUUUUGAUGGAAGGGAAAUGGGUCAGCGCCGGAUCGGUGGUCCGGUCAUUUCUGCCGUGUGCUUUGGUCACGUGUCUCGGUGUUUCGCUCGUCGGGUGGCCGUUCCUGAUAGGCCUCUUCUCAUUCUCGCUGCUACUCAUCGCGUGGUUCAUAAUUGCUACUUACUGUUUUAAGAAUAUAAUCUGUUGA